CGGAAAGGAGCGCCGUCRAACAGCCGAAYAUAAGKGRUUCUCCACGAAGAGCAGAACCUACUUUGGGUUCAGAAUGUCGYUCCUCGCUGUUUUGGUCCUUUUGGGGACUGGAAUGACAGUGAACAGCGAAAAGCACUCCCUCACCUACAUCUACACGGCCUUCUCCAAGCCAGUGAAUCUCCCAGGGUUACAUGAGUUCACUGCUAUGGGUUUACUGGAUAAAAAUAUGAUUGACUACUAUGACAGUGACCACCAAGUUAAAGUUCCCAAACAGGACUGGAUGGAAAAGCAUCUUGAAAAGGAGUACUGGGAGAAAGGCACCCAGUCCAGAAAGAGCAAGCAGCAAUGGUUCAAGGUCAACAUCGACAUAUUGAUGAAACGAAUGAGACAGAAUAACACAGAUACCCAUAUUCUCCAGUGGAUGCAUGGCUGUGAGGGUGAAACUCAGCCUGAUGGGUCGAUGAAGUUUGUCCGUGGGAUGGACAUGUACAACUACGAUGGAAACGACUUUCUGUCCUUUGAUGACGACAAUCAGGUUUGGGUUGCUCCCAUUCAUGCAGCAAAAGAAACCAAGAGGAAGUGGGAUGAGGUCCAGGUGUUGAAGGAAUACACCAAGGGCUACCUGGAGAAAGAGUGCAUGGAAUGGAUGAGCAAGUUUAGAGGCUUUGGGAAAGAGCAGCUUUUAAAGGCCACUCCACCUGAAGUCCACUUGUUCACACGAAAGGCCAACAUUGAACAAAACAUUAUCUUGACGUGUCUGGCGACGGGCUUCUAUCCAGGAGAAAUAAUCCUGGAGAUCAAAAGAAAUGGUCGUGUCCUGACUCCAGAGGAUGGGUUGGUGACCUCUGGAGUUCGCCCAAAUAAUGACGACACCUUCCAGAGGAGAGAUCAUGUAGAGAUUUUAAAGUCUGAUGUUUCGGCCUACAUCUGUGAAGUCGAGCAUCUUGCCUCUAAAAAGCAUGUUAAUAAGACAUGGGAAAACCCUUUUGUAGAACACAAAGGAGGAAAAAUGGACAUCAUCAUUGGUGUUUCUGUUUCUUUCGGGAUUAUGGUUGUGGCUGUUGCUGUGACACUUGUCUACCUUAAGCUGAGGACAAACCRACUUGAUUGUGAUGAAGAAAAAUCUUCUCAUUCAAGUUUAAAUUCUGUUGCCACCUCUGGAUCUGAUGAAAAUGCCAAAGAUGCAGAAUCAGCUGAGAAAGAUAAUCUGCUGCAAAAUAAACCAGUCCUUGAUAUAAAGAAACCUGGUGAGAACAAGCCCCUCCUGGAUACUGAUGAAAAUGCCAAAGAUGCAAAACCAGCUAAGAAAGACAAUCUGCUGCAAAGCCGAGAUUCUAUGAUCACUUCUGAGUCGGAUUCCACUAAAGACAGAGCCUCUAAUCCAAGUCUAAAUUCUGAGGAUUCCUCUGGAUCAAGACAAACCAAUCCAUCCAACGAUUCUGGUGCUGAACUGGGCUCAUCUCCUAGUACCAGCAUUCACAGCGAGUGACACGAGUCUGAGUAGUUCACUUUCUCAACUGUUUGGAACCAGAUUUACCACAAUACAUAAAAUAAUCAUGGCAUGAUAUCGUAUAGGAACUUGUAAAAUAUACUACUUAAUGAUCUACAUGAAAAAAAAAACUGAAUUUGGGCUAAUUCAGUCUCUGCUUUAUGUGUAACACUGAUUGUCUCCAGUUCCAAUUUAAAAGAAAUAAACUAGUCAAAUUCUUGUAGAAAUUGUGAAACUGAGACAAGUUUUCUUUUUGUUCAAAUAAAAUAAAUAAAAAAUAAACUGUGUUCCCUGGCUGAUCUACAAAAUCUGACAUUUAAAACCUACUUACAGAUAGAAAGAAUUGGACAAAUGAUUAUGUUCAGUAUUAAUAUUAUUUAAGCAGACAAAAUACUACUAAACUAUGUGACUUCCAAAUAAAAAUGUACUUCAAUGUGAUUUCUUUUUGUAGACUUGAAGAGUAGAAAUAAAACUUAGAGUUUGAAAAUACGUUGGAUUAGCAAAGUAAAAUGUAUUUGUUUAAAUCUKAACUCUACAUAUACUACUUGCUCCCAUCUAUGAAUUAAGGGAUUUCUUUUUAAAUUCAUUUGGAUUUUUGAAAUGUUGAAAAAAAGGUUUGUUUCAUAAAUGUGUUCUUUUAAACAUUUGCUUUAAUGAGUUGAUUAUUCUUAUUUCUUAUUUUCUAUGGUCUCCAUUAUUAAUGGAAUACAAGAUUGUUCCUUAAAAAAUAGUCUUUCCAAGUUGUGUGAUAAAUGGCAUAAAUGUUUUCUACAUUAAAUUGCACCUGUGGUACAAAAAUUACAGAAAUAAUCUUAUUAUGUAUGUCAAAUAAUAAGAAUAUGAGCAAAAUAUUGGCAUUAGCGCCUGGCCUCAAAUGGUUAACUCAUGUUUUUUGCAAUAAUGCAGUUUUUAUUUUUUAUUUUUUUACUAAUUUUACUGUAUCACUUAUGUGAUCAUAUCUUUACAUGUCUCCUAUUCACUGGUCUUUUGUGAGAGAACUUUUUCAAAUGAUUUAGACUUCUGAACAGAACACUACUGAAUACUGAAACCUGUGUGUUUUUGUUUCCCUCUGAAUAAAUAAAU